AUGUCGGCCGAUCUCUCAACGAUCGCCAACCUGCUGCAGGCCAGUCUUGAUCCCCGCCAGAACAAGCAAGCCGAACAGGCCAUUCGCCAGGAAGAGGCAAAGCCUCAGUUCUCCCUCGCCCUGCUCCAGAUUGUCGCCUCAGACUCAUAUCCCAACACGACACGGUUGGCGGCCGCUCUCUUCUUCAAAAACUUCAUCCGCCGCAGCUGGACCGACGAGGAUGGCAACUACAAGCUCCCCCAGGACGAGGUCACGGCCAUCAAGCGUGAGGUUAUUGGCCUCAUGAUCUCGGUGCCCAACACCAUCCAGACUCAGCUGGGCGAGGCCAUCAGCGUCAUCGCAGAUUCAGACUUCUGGGAGCGCUGGGACACGCUGGUCGACGACCUUGUGUCCCGCUUCACCCCCGACAACCCAAAGGUCAACAAUGGUGUCCUGCAGGUCGCACACUCCAUCUUCCGCCGCUGGCGCCCGCUCUUCCGCACAGAUGACCUCUUCACCGAGAUCAACCACGUCUUGUCAAAGUUCUGCGAGCCCUACCUCGCCCUGCUGCAGAGCACAGAUCAGCAAAUCGCCGCAAACCAGAACAACAAGGAGCUCCUCACCCAGCACUUCACCACGCUCAACCUCAGCGUCAAGCUGUUCAACGACCUUUCCUGCCAAGAUCUGCCCCCGGUCUUCGAAGACAACCUUGGCUCCAUCAGUGCUCUGCUCAUGAAGUAUUUGAGCUACGACAACCCUCUCCUCCACACCGACGACGAGUCUGAGGCUGGUCUCCUAGAGUACAACAAGGCUGCCAUCUUCGAGGCAUUGAUUCUCUACGUUCAGAAAUAUGAGGAUGCUUUCGGACCAUAUCUGGGCCAGUUCGUCGAGAGCUCAUGGACCCUCUUGACCACUAUCGGUCCUGAGACCAAGUACGACAUCCUGGUCAGCAAGGCUCUGCAGUUCUUGACUUCGGUCACCAAGAUCAACCAAUACGCCCAGAGCUUCAGCAACCAAGAAAUCUUGGGCCAGGUCGUCGAGAAGGUCAUUCUGCCAAACUUGUCUCUGCGCGAGUCGGAUGUUGAAAUGUUUGAGGACGAGCCGAUCGAGUUCAUCCGCCGUGAUCUGGAAGGAUCUGACAGCGACACGCGCAGAAGAGCGGCCACCGACUUCCUCCGCCAGCUGGUCGAGCAGUUCGAGAAGCUCGUCACCGACGUUGUUUCGCAGUACAUUUCGCACUAUCUGGCCGACUAUGAAAAGAGCAAGAGCGAUAACUGGAAGUCGAAGGAUACUGCCGUCUACCUCUUCACCUCGAUCGCUGCCAAGGGCGUGCCCACCGCUGCUCGUGGUGUUCAGACAACAAACCCCAACGUCGACGUUAUCGACUUCUUCCAAAAGAACAUCGCCGUCGAUCUCACCUCGGCCGACACUGAGGCCAUUCUCAAGGUUGACGCCAUCAAGUAUCUCUACCUGUUCCGCAGUCAGCUUACCCAGGAUCAAUGGCAAGCUGCCUUCCCUCUCCUGGUCCAGUGUCUUGGCAACGAGAACUACGUCGUACAUUCUUAUGCCGCCAUUGCUGUUGAGCGUGUUCUCUACAUGACCGAUGACAAGCGCCAGCCUAUCAUCCCCAGAGAGACCCUCCAGUCACUCAGCAAGGACCUUCUUCAACAUCUUUUCCUUCUCAUGACCAAGGACUCCAAGGCUGAGAAGAUUCAGGAAAACGAGUUCUUGAUCAAGUGUGUGAUGCGUGUUCUUAUCGUUAUUCGUGAGGGUGUCUUGCCCAUCCUCGACAUGGUACUCACCAACCUCAUCAACAUUGUCAAGGUCAUUCGCCACAACCCCAGCAACCCUCGCUUCUACUACUACCACUUUGAGAGCAUUGGUGCUCUUGUUCGCUUCGCCGCCCCUACACAGUCUGCCAAGCUUGAGGCCGCUCUUUACGAUCCCUUCGCUGAGAUUCUGGCCAACGAUGUCCAGGAAUUCCAGCCCUACGUUUUCCAGGUCUUCGCUGCACUCCUCGAGGCAAACCCCUCGGGUACAUUGCCCGACUACUACCAGAGCUUGCUUGGCCCUAUCCUUACCCUCGACAUGUACAACUCUCGCGGCAACGUCCCGGCUCUUGUCCGUCUCCUCUCAUCCAUGAUUCCCCGCGCCGCCGAGCAAAUCGCUGCCAACAACCAGAUCGAGCCGAUUCUGGUCAUCUUCCAGAAGCUCAUCUCUUCAAAGGCAAACGAGUCACUGGGCUUCGACUUGCUCGAGGCCAUCUGUGGCAGCCUUCCUGUCGCUGCUCUGCAAAACUACCUGACUACCAUCGUCCAGCUGCUCAUGACUCGUCUAUCCAACUCCAAGACCGAGAACUUCACCAUCCGCUUUGUUCGCUUCUACCACUUCUUCUCAGCACGCGAUGACAAGGGUCUUGGUCCCGAUCUUUUCAUCAACGUCACCGACCAGGUUCAGCAAAAUGUCUUCACUCCCAUGUACCUGCAGAUCAUCCUCCCUGAUACACAGAAGUUGUCACGACCGUUCGACCGCAAGACUGCUGUCGUUUCGCUCACUCACACCCUCGCUAACAGCCAGGCCUUUGUUGAUCGUUACGGCAAGAAGGGCUGGGGUUUCACAUGCGAAGCAUUGCUCAAGCUUCUCAUCAACCCUCCGCUUCCGCAAUCUGCUGAUGACCUGAUCAUUGAAGACCGCGAUGUGGAAGACGUUGGCUUUGGUGUUGGCUUCACCGCCUUGAACACUUGCAAGCCUGUUCCUAGAGAUCCUUUCCCCGAGGUUCAAGACGUCAAGCAGUGGGUCGGUCAGUACCUUCGCGAAGCCGACACCAAGACUGGUGGCCGUAUCGCAGCUGCUGUGUCUGAGAAGCUUGGUCCCGACGCUCAGGCAGCCCUGAGCAGUGUUAUGCAAGGAUAG